AUGGCGCUAAUAAUAAAUUCCGAAGAAAAUUUCUCAGAUUUUAUUCAAAUUGAAUAUACAUUACCAUUUCAGGGAUAUCGUAAAUAUGUCGCAUUUGCAUAUAUUUUAAUAAAUGCACUUGGCUUUAUGGCAAAUAUUUGGGUAUUAUAUAUGGUUGCACCUUUAUUAUUUUAUGUUAAUAUUAAAGUACCAAAGAGUAUUCUUUUUUUUAUAAUCACUCUUUGUUUAUCCGAUCUAAUGAUAAUGAUUGGAAUGCUAUUUUUAAUAAUCGAAAUAAUUAUGGGAACAUGGAAAUUUAGUGAAGCAUCAUGCACAAUAUAUCUUGUUUUUGAAGCAAUGAAUAAAUUUGUUGCACCAGUUAUUGUCGUUCUAAUAAGUCGGACCUGUUAUGUUACCGUUUGUUUAAGAAAUAAGCAACAAAAAAAUGCCGCUAGUCUUAAGGUUUCAGUUAUUUUUUUAUUCGCAUCGAUGGCAAUAAUUAUGAUCGUAUUAUGGCCAGUUUUUGCUUAUAGUCAAGUUUCUUCACUAUUUUUUCGUGUUAAUGCAACGGAAAAGACGGUUUUUAUAAUGCGAAAAUGUAGUUUUACGCCUCCACCAGGAAUCGAAUUAGCAUUUGGUAUCGUUUCAUGUAUAUCAAGUUAUGCAAUACCAUUGGGCGGUUUUAUUUAUUGGUAUGUCUCUGUAUCAUUUUUUCUUAAAAAACAUGUCGACAGUUCAUUAGCAUUUAGCAGUUCAAAUGAUUCGGCGAUGCGUCGUGUUGCGGCAACAGUUUUCGUAUUAACAGUCGUCUACGUUUCAUGUUGGACACCAUAUUGGCUAAGUAUUUUCGCACAUAAAUUUAUUAGUUCAAUGAAUCGUAAAAUUGUAAUUGCUUCAUAUUUAAUACACUUAUUACCAUAUAUAAGUUGUUCAGCAUAUCCCGUUAUAUUUACACUAAUGAAUCGGCGAAUAAAGUUAGCGCGAGCUGAACUUGAAAAAUAUAAUAAACGACGUAUAAAGACAUUUGGAAAUAAUUUAAUUACUAUUAGUUUUUUUAUGAAUUAA